AUGGCCCUCAACUCGUCACCGUCGAUAGCAUGCAUCGGCGUCAUUGGCAAACAUGACCAACCUCUCCACAUCUCCCUCUUUCCUCCCCACGACACGGCCGCCAACGCCGAUCUCGAAUUCCUCUUCCUCCUCAACUCGUGCCUCGACAUCUUCGACCUGCGGGCUCGCACCACCAAAUUGCUCGAUUCCGACUUGGGACUGCUCCAGGCCAUCGAUGACCGGCUCUCGUGCUACGGCUGGCUGACAAAUACGGGGAUCAAGUUCAUCAUCGUGGUGGACAUGAUGGGGCGACCUCCAUCCUCUUCGUCCGACGAAGACGGUGGGAAGGAACAGGCAAAAGACAAGAGACGGUUCCCACCUGCAGCCGUGGGCUUGAGAGACGCAGAUCUGAAACCAGCUUUCCGUGCCGUACAGACCGCAUACAUCCAUCUCAUGUUGAAUCCAUUCUACAUGCCUGAUGACAGGACGCCCUUGCAGAUAGCCAACUACGGAGGGAAGAGCCCGGAAAUCACAAGCAAAAAGUUCAUUGCGGAGAUCCAGAGGAUUGGGAGAGCUUGGUAUCCGGGAAUUGGGAACAUUUGA